UUCAAGUUCCAACCGCUUUCGUCGUUCGCUUGAGACUAGAGCGAGCUUUAAAAUCUCCGAAACAAGAAACUUGACCGCUCUGCGGGGAGUCGUCACUCGUCAGCUUAUCACAGUUGAUGGAUUUGAUAAACCGCUUUCCGAACUGGAUUACUCCCUCCAAAACCGCUUCGAUUUCUCCUGCGAAACCAAUUUUCAAAUCCCAACGACGAAUUGUAUCCUUUUUUUAAUGAUUUCAAUUCAAUCUCUGCAAAACCGCUUCGACCUUUUUCUUGCUGCCAAUUAGCUUUCUGUUCUCACUGUUUGUAUUGAAGCUGGUCAAGCUACUGACAGUUGAUAAGACUCUGACAUUCGAUUAUCCUUCUUUUCGUUAUUUUUUUUUUCAUUUUUGUUUUUGAUCGGAUUGGAGUGGAUCGGAAGCAAAGUGGCGUUCCUGCUUUGUUGCUUCUCUUCCAAGGUCCGGGGGGACUUGCCGAGAUUUGACGAUAAGUUAGGCUUUGUAGUUAGGAGUGGAGAGGGAAGUGUUGGUGUUCAUGGAGGAUGUGAAUAGAUGAAAGAUUGAAAGGAAGCGAAGCGUGUGUUGUUUGUUGUCUCGUGAUACUCGUGAAGAUGCCUCACCGAACUACCUACUUCUUUCCACGGCAAUUUCCAAUUCAAGGAAAUGAUCCAUCGUUGAAGCUGUUGCUGCCGGAUCACGAGAAUAAGAAUUCGGAGGGAACUGUUAAUGCCGAAAGCGACCGGAAAGCGUCUGAUAUCGCCAAGGAGACUAAACUUGGUAAGAAUCUAGUUGCGUCGGAUCUUUUCACGGACGAAAAGCUUAAAUUUGGGAAGCAAUUUGCGGCUUUUGGAAGUUGGUUGGCUGAUAGGAAGGUUGAUCGUACCGUUCACGGAAACUCAAGGUCCUGCAAUGAGGAAAGGCAGCUUUUACUUCUACCGGAACAACCACCGGAGGUGAUCGUCAGCCGGGACUCGGUUCCUGGCCGGAAGGUGUCAUUGCGGAGGCUUUCGAGUGAGAGUAGUUAUUCUUGGAGCCUUUUCUCCGCGACGACGGUUGACGACAAUGUCUCAACCGAUGCUAAGGAUUCGCAGCUGUCGAGCAGACAUGAGAACGACGACGAAAACAGGGAAACUUUGGCGCAAAAGUCACGGGAGAGCUACUAUCUGCAGCUUAUGCUCGCGGUUCGGCUCACGUCUCAAGCAUCUCUCGCUGAUGAACCUGUUUUUACUCAAGAGAGUUUAUCAGAGGCCCUUGGUGUUUCUUCUGAUAUAGAAGCUGUUUCUUAUCGUCUCUGGGUAAGCGGAUGCUUAUCAUAUUCCGAUAAGAUAUCAGAUGGAUUUUAUAACAUCCUGGGGAUGAAUCCGUAUUUGUGGGUGAUGUGCAAUGAGUUGGAGGAAGGUAAACGGAUACCGCCAUUGAUUUCACUUAAAGCCAUUGAUCCUUGUGAUUCAUCGAUGGAGGUUGUUCUUGUUGACACACGUGAGGAUUCACGUCUAAAGGAACUUGAAGACAAAGCGCAAGAACUUUAUCAUGCUUCAGGGAAAACUUUACUCUUGGCAAACAAGCUUGGGAAACUUGUUUCUUUCCAUAUGGGGGGUGCUUUUCCAAUGGAGCAUGGUGACCUUCAUAUGCAUUGGAAAUUGGUUAGCAAGAGAUUGAAGGAUUAUCGACGGUGUAUUGUAGUUCCCAUUGGCAGCCUAUCUAUGGGACUUUGUAGACAUCGAGCCAUUCUUUUCAAGAAAUUGGCUGAUCAUGUAGGCCUUCCUUGUCGGAUAGCCAGCGGGUGCAAAUAUUGUGCAGCAGACCAUCAGUCCUGUUGUCUUGUAAAAAUUGGAGAUGGUAUGCAGUUGUCAAGCAGGGAAUAUGUAGUUGAUCUAAUUGGAGAACCAGGAAAUGUUCAUGGUCCAGAUUCUUCAAUCAAUGGAACUUUACUUUCAUCAAUGCCUUCACCAUUCCAAAUUUCUCCUCCAAAGCAUUUCCAUCAACCUCUCAUGGGUAAUGCUUCCCUUAGUCAAAUGCUGUACCAGGAACACUUCUGUGCUCUUCCUGAAAUUCCUCAAAGUUCAGCAAGUAACAACCAUGGAGGUAGGCCUCCCACAUGCUCCAGGAAAGAAGUUCAACUGAUGAAUGACCAUAAGUUUCUCAAAGAUUCAGAGUUCUCUAUGUAUUCACAAGGUAAUACAGCUUAUGAAAGAUCAGAAUCAUCAGUGAUGCCUCUGGAGUCCAAGGAUAGAACUGAUGGUUGCAUUCGAAGAUCCACUCCAGAUGCUGUUUCAGAAAUUCCAAUGCUUGGAUCUAAACUUGAUGGAAACAAAGGUCCUACUCAAGAAACUUAUAGAGAAGGGUUUGUUGCAUGUGGAAGUUCGUCUAUGAACAAUGCAGUAAAGCCGCCUGAACUAGAAGCAUGUAGUCAAAUUGAGCUGUCAGAGGUUGAGAGAACAGACAAGAAUCAAGGUGAUCUUGCUACUGCCAAUGUCCCAAGAUAUGUGAAUAUUGAGCCUUCUCUUGCAAUGGACUGGCUUGAGAUCUCAUGGGAUGAGCUGGAGAUAAAGGAACGCAUUGGUGCUGGUUCCUUUGGGACAGUGCAUCGUGCUGAAUGGCAUGGAUCGGAUGUUGCUGUCAAGGUUCUAACUAUUCAGGAUUUUCAUGAUGAUCAAUUGAAGGAGUUUCUCAGGGAGGUUGCAAUAAUGAAACGUGUCCGCCAUCCAAACUUAGUUCUUUUCAUGGGUGCAGUUACAAAGCGUCCACAUCUUUCAAUUGUGACAGAAUACUUGCCUAGGGGUAGCCUUUACCGCCUCAUACAUAGGGCAUCUGCUGGUGAAAUCUUGGAUAAAAGGAGAAGAUUACGCAUGGCAUUGGAUGUGGCUAAGGGUAUCAAUUAUCUCCAUCGUCUAAACCCUCCAAUAGUUCACUGGGAUCUUAAAUCUCCAAAUUUGCUGGUUGACAAGAACUGGACAGUUAAGGUUUGUGAUUUUGGGUUGUCCAGGUUUAAGGCAAGAACUUUCAUACCAUCAAAAUCUGUUGCUGGCACGCCUGAGUGGAUGGCUCCAGAAUUUCUUCGGGGAGAGCCCUCGAAUGAGAAAACUGAUGUUUACAGUUUCGGAGUGGUCUUAUGGGAGCUUGUCACCAUGCAACAGCCUUGGAGUGGACUCAGUCCGGCACAAGUGGUUGGUGCUGUUGCUUUCCAGAACAGAAGGCUUGCUAUCCCUCAGAGUACGUGUCCUAUGUUGGCAUCCCUGAUGGAGUCCUGCUGGGCAGAUGAUCCCAAGCAGCGCCCGCCGUUUGGAAGUAUCGUUGAUUCACUGAAAAAGUUACUGAAAAUCCCCGCUGCAGUGGGUGCAGAUGGGCCUCAAUGAGGUAGGGGAGACCCCAUGAAGAGCUUCACUUCGUAGCUUCGUACGGAGAGGCGGAGAGCUGCCACGUUGAAGUUUGAACUUGUUAUUUAUUUAUUUGUUUUAGCGAAUUGGUUUCGGAAGUUGAAUCAAUAAAGACUUUUCUUAAACGCCGGAGGCUCCUUUUCUGCACUACCAGGUACCAGCCUCCUUCCCUCGCACACUGUACGUAUUUUUAAGUCUUGGUCGUGGGUGGAGAUUUCGGUGCUUCUGUUUUGCUGCUUGGGAAUGUGUAUAGCAGCGUCUCUUUUUGUCUCCAGGGUUUUUUAAUGUGGAGAUGAGUCUAUAGUUGCACAACAUCUGUUGACGCAGAUCUGAAAUGUAAUAAUAAUAAUAAUAAUCUCUGGAUAAAUGCUUCACUAUGCUGUAAAUGUUUUUCUUGUGCUGUUGUUUAAUAUA